UUUUAUAACUGUAUUUAUUGCACGAGGACUUUGAUCCCUGUAUCUGUUAAAUUCAUCACCUAAUGAUCACCUCCCCACAUCUGAAUAACCCUUAACUUCAUUACCUUCCCCUCCCCCGCGAAAUCCUGGAUCCACAACGAGAAACCUUCUUCCUCCAUUUUCAAAUCACGAAUCUGCCCCCUGAAUGGCGUACGCGUAAUAAACAUCUCCAUUGUGACUGGCGCUGUGGUAAUUAUCCCAAAUCCGUAAUUAGAGUGGCGAUGCCUCGAUUUGUGAUAAUGAUGUGUUUGUCUCCAUGGUAACGGAAACUCAUCAUCCUAUCUAACACUUCCAUUGAAUUAAGUUUUCUCUAGGGAGGCAAACCACAUGAAGGUGUUUCUCCGAAAUUGUAUAUACGCAUACGUAUGGUCACUAACGAACAAUCGAGUCUACGUCAUUUGGUAUAGAUAUCAAGGACGCUUUCGAACCUGUAUUUAAACCACAAUGCCUUGCAGUUGGAUUUAGUGUCUUACAAGAACCACUCUUAAUUCACUUAGACGUCUUAGAUAUUCGAAUGAAAAAGGCCAAAUUGCCCAUAGCUUUUUAUUUGGUUUUCAGUUGAAGCAAUUAAUAAUGUCUGAGAAAUUUAGAAGCAAGGAAAUACUUGCUAGGCGGGGAGGUGAGACAGCGUUACGCCAGCACAGCGCAGAUGAUGCCAUUGAAUUGGCAAAACGUGAGGCUGAGAAUCAGACCAAGUUGAGGCGUUCCCGUCUGGUUCGCAGGGUGUCCUUUGAGUUGUUGACCAGGAGACCUCUCGUGUUCUCGCUCAAGAACAACGUCGGUGCUCUGGCUCGAGCUUUGAAGACAUUUAAGGAGAACGAGAUCCAGGUGUUACACAUCGAGUCGCGUCGCUCCCAGCGUCGUAAGUCGGAGCUCGAGGUGUACGUGGACUGUGAAGGCGAGCGAGGACUGUUUACGGAACUCGUCAAGCAACUCCAGAAGCAAAUGAGCUACGUGCAGGAACCGCUAGAACACAUCAGCCAGGAGGAUGGCAUAGAAUACGCAGGCAACGUGGAUGACGGGCCUUGGUUCCCCCGUAAGAUCAGCGAACUGAACCGCUCUGCGUGCCGCGUGUUGACGUACGGCGCGGAACUUGAUGCUGAUCAUCCGGGGUUUAAAGACAGCCAGUACCGACAACGACGGAAAGUAUUCGCCGACAUCGCUUAUCAGUAUCGUCAUGGUCAGCCAAUCCCUCGUGUUAAAUACACCGAAGAGGAAACAAAAACAUGGGGACGUGUAUUUUCCGAUGUGACAGGUCUUUACCCGCUCUAUGCCUGCAGGGAAUAUAACGAGAAUCUACAGAUUCUACGCGAUCAUUUCGGCUUCAGAGAGGACAACAUACCACAACUUGAAGAUGUUUCGGUCUUCUUAAAAGAACGCUCGGGUUUUCUGCUCAGGCCGGUAGCUGGCUAUCUGUCAUCACGUGACUUUUUAGCGGGAUUGGCGUUUCGAGUGUUUCACUGCACUCAGUACAUUCGUCAUGCCUCCAACCCGUUCUACACACCAGAACCUGAUUGCUGCCACGAGUUAUUUGGUCACGUGCCGAUGCUGGCGGACAAAAGCUUCGCGCAGUUUUCACAGGAAAUUGGACUAGCAUCCCUUGGGGCAUCUGAUGAGGAUAUCAAGAAAUUAGCGUCGUGUUAUUUCUUCACGAUUGAGUUUGGUCUCUGUAAACAGCAGGGCCAGCUCAAGGUCUACGGUGCUGGUUUGCUGUCAUCAAGUGGAGAACUACAGCAUGCUAUGUCCAGCGAAGCCAAGAUGCUACCAUUCUCCCCAAUAGCAGCUACGAAGCAGGAAUGUCGUAUCACUACAUACCAAGAUGCGUACUUUGUUUCUGAGAGCUUUGAAGAAGCUAAAGAAAUGAUAAGGGAUUACGCCAGCAUGAUCCGUCGCCCCUUCUCCAUCCGCUACAACCCUUACACCCAGUCAGUGGAGAUACUUCAGUCUGCUGAGCAGAUCAACAGUGUCAUCGAUGAGCUGAAGGAUGAUCUCAGCCUUCUGAGCAGCAUCUUGGCCAAGGUUGUGGUGUCCGAUGACAGGGAAGGGAAGAGCCUCGAGUCAGACUAACCAUCAUCACUGAUAACUAGGCCGUGUCCAAAUGCCUACGGCUAUGGCUACCAGAAAACACACGUAGGCUUAUAUGGGAAGUGGCUUCAGCUACUCACACAGGCACUUGUCUGAUUGCGAGCCAUAGCCAAUUAACUCGGACAGGGCUUUAGAGUCUUAGCGGUUUAACGAUCGUCAUGAUUUUUAUUGUAUGAUCAAAUAUUUGUAUAUUAUUCAAGAGCUCACUUUAUUUUAGAGGGUGUUACCAACAAGUGGCGUAAACUGGGGUUCAAUUUGUAGGGAGGACACUUAGGUGGUGGUGGGGGGGGGGGGCACUCAAUGCAUUUUUAACAGUAAAAGGCUAUUUUUUUGCCCACCCCAAAGUCUGAGAGGGGGGCGGGGAUCUGGAGGGGAGGGGAUGGGAGAUCUCAAAGUAGGCCGCCCACCCCAACCUUAGUUAAAACACUCCGUGUUACUUGAAGUGAUAUGUUGUGUGGCUACCCACAAGAACUGUACACAGGGCGAGUCAAAAGAAAGUGACCCUGAUUAUAUUUUAUCCUUAAAAAGCAUUUAAAAUUUGAUACACAAAUGAUGUAUGUCUUAAGAGAGCAUGUUCUUCCGCUCAUCUGGAAAAAAAAGGAUUACCGAAAUUGAUCCAUGCUAUCAGAAGUUAUGAUGUUUUACUAAAAGAACCUAUUUUCAUAGCUGUCCAUUGAAAGUCAUUGAAAGUGAGAAUUACAUGACACACAAGUGUUAAAUUGCAAAUGAGAUUUCUAUCAUUUAAAUCAAGAAUAAAACAUUCUUUUUACUGUCAGCUUGUUUUGAAUGAGGAACAAUUAAUUUCUUUUCCUUGACAUAUUAAAGGUGAUUUGUGUAUGUUUUCCGAUAUUUCUCGUUCAUCCAUGGAGGUUGGAAAACGUCCAUGUUCCAUUGUAUUUCAUGGGUAUUUGUCAGUUCGUAAAACGUUAAAUGAUCAGUGGUGGACAGCUGAUUUUGUGAUCUUUUUAAUAAAAUGUGCAGGUACCAGUCAACAACA